GCUUGAACAAGAAUUGAAGAAAUUGUUGCUCUGAGGUGACUGCUGUCAGAAGUUGGUUUGUUACGUACGAGUCGUAAGUGGAGGAAACAUCUUUGUGGUUUCGUUGGGGAGGAUGUCGCUCCAAAGUGGCCCGCCACACAAGAGCAGUUUUGACUCCUGUGCACCAACGCGCUUUUCCAAAGAGGAGCGCCACGGUGCUGUCCUUGGUGCUGAAGGCAAGUCUUCCCACCCCCACCCCCCUUGCUCUCUCUGUCACUGUCUCUCUCUCUCUGAUCCGUUGAGCCGUUCUUACGCGGGACUUCCCUUUUCCCUCCCCGUUUGUAGUUGUGUGGAGGUUUCCUCCUGUAGGCUCGAGAGACGCCUUCCUUCAUGCCGGCCAGCCUGCACCGUUCAAGCUCGCCUUAACUUUGCAGUCGCAAUGGGGAUCUUCGGCACCGCGUCCCGUGGGCUCCAUCGAUCGGCACGGUGUUGAAAAUCUCAGCCAACUCGGGCGGCUGCUAUGGUGGGACCUCCCGGAAGCAGCAGAGUUCGACUUGAAGAGUUAUUCGGCAAAAUCCAUACAGGUCGGCUCCUCCCAAGUUUCUUUGAUUCGCGAUAACGCGACUUUGUAUCUUUACUCGGAAACUAUUUCUUCCUUAUGUAAGUCCGAUUUGAGCGAGGGGGGGGGCGGGGGUGGGUGCGCAGCAAGGGCUAUUUUAUUAUUCCGGAACCGAAAAUGUUUUUGAAUGAUUCCGAGAUCCUUUUAGUCUGCGCUUCUUAAAUUUGAGGCACUCAGGUGCAUAAUCUGGGGAUAAGCCGCCGCGCGCCCUAAUCUCCUGACGAUGAAUUAGAAACGAACGCUCACCCUCUAGAUUUGAAUUCUGGGUUGCGAAUAAGAUGCUAUCCGACCUGGAAAAAUGUUUGAAGGGGUUGAAAAACGGCAUCCGCUUUAAAAAAAAUCUCGCGCGCUACUUUUGGAUUGCAUGCGGGUGCCUUGUUGACGUGUCUGCGGUACAUUCUCAAGACAAUGCAACGGUUCAAGAAAAUCAAGAGAUGUUCCGAGGGGGGGAAAAAAAGUGAAAAAUGGCGUUGAAUUUGUCAAGUGACUGCACGCACUAGAAUCAUCUGGAUUUAAAUUUAAAUUUCCACGUAUUGUCUGAUUCGAAAAAACGUAUCUGAUCCAGACGAUUUUAGUUUGCGCAACCGCUUGCCAAAAUAAAAUGCAGCCAAUUCAACUCACUUUUUUUUUUCCUCUGUGUAUUUUUAAAAGUGUUCUCUUUUUCUAAUCUAGCUUUUGGGUCGCUGUUUAUGUCACGUAUUUCAAGAAAAGGCCCCGGGCAUAGUCUAGUCAUUGCACGGAGCCAUUCACGGCUAUCCGUGGUUCCUUUUGCAAAUAAGAUGGCGUCAAAUUGGCUUCGAAUUGCACUUUACAGGCCGCACUUGAAAAAUGAAACCCAAGUGUUAACAACGGUCUUAUAUUCGCUGAAUGAAAAUAUUCUCUUUUCUUCAAGUCAGAUUGCUCCAUUCCAAACAUUUUUUUUUUCUGGGGGAGGGGGGGGUGGGUUGGGGGGGCGGGGUCACCUCUCCAAUGUCCGCAAUACUCACGCUAGUAUUAAAACUGUCAAUGGUGGUUCAGCAGAGACCCACGUCUCGGAAUGAGGAUCUCAACCAUCGGUGAAAUGAUUUGGGAUGGGGCGACUGAAUCGAACAUUUUGGAGUGAGGUUGCAGUUUCGCAUGCCGACGUGGUCGUGUGUCCUCCGAGUGUCCCGAGAGAAGAUAGACAGACUAUAAUUACCUCGGGCAGACUUGAGCUCAGGCAGACGAAGGCUAAUGCCCCCGCGAGGAUUUGUGCUAGCGCCUUAUACAAAUCAGAUGAAGGUCCCGAUGUCAAAGGACAUCCAAUGGCAAACGAAGGCCUCGCACUCCAAACCGCCCGACUGCUUUCCCCCCCAGAAGGGGAAAAACCGAACGAAAUCGAAAAGGAACGGUUGACUUUUUGUAUCCCUUUCAAGACGGUGAAUUCCGGAACCUGACGCUGGUUCUGCCAUUUUGAAAUGCGUUGAUGUGGCUAAAAGUGUUUUGCAUCUCCCAUUCUUGUUGUUCUGCCAAUCCUCUUAAAAAAAAGCAUAACCAAAAAAAGAACAACAACUUAGUUUUAAUUUUACUCACUGAACGGAAUGAAAAAUGAUGUGGGUGUGGAUUUGGAAUUGCUUCUUCUUCACAUGCACAACGGUCUCGGGACCGCACUGUUGUUCUCGCCCAACCGAAAGGUUUCAUCCAACAACUCGGCAAAUUGUUUCGGAGCAAAUGACGUGCUUGUUUUGGGCUAAAUUCGAUUUUUUUUUUUUUUUACAGCGAGGCAUCACUGGAGCGUUUUUCGUUGGCGAUUUUCAAAAAGUGCAAAUCAACUCGGCGGCUUCACCUCGAUCCUUAACUCGAUCUGUUGUGCGAUUGGUCUUUUGCCGCGAAAGCGACCAUUCGGUGCAAACGGCAAAUAUCGAAACGCAACCGAGAGGGAAAGGGUGGAAUGAAAUUUUCUGCGACGGGCCUAACUCUCCCUUUGCCCUUGUCGCAGCCAUGGAUGGAAGCGGAAGUUGUCGUCUGUGAAAAGCCCCCGGCGGGGGUGAGCGCAAGAAUGACGGACAACGCGCUGUACGGUACGCCCAAAGGCGCCGGUCGGCCCCCGGCGGCGGCGGUGCCGGUGCUGCCCCCGGAGCCCAUCGACAUCAUCCGCGUCAAGGCUCGCUCUCGGAGGGUCCGGCUCAACGUGGGAGGUCUGACCCACGAGGUCUUGUGGCGAACGCUGGACCGCCUGCCCAGGACCCGCCUGGGGCAGCUGCGGGACUGCAACACCCACGAGUCCCUGCUGGAGGUGUGCGACGACUACAGCCUCUCCGAGAACGAGUAUUUCUUCGACCGCCACCCCGUGGCCUUCUCCUCCAUUCUCAACUUCUACCGAACCGGCAAGCUGCACAUGAUGGAGGAGAUGUGCGCCCUGUCUUUCGGCCAGGAGCUGGACUACUGGGGCAUCGACGAGAUCUACCUGGAGUCCUGCUGCCAGGCCCGCUACCACCAGAAGAAAGAGCAGAUGAACGAGGAGCUGAGGAGGGAGGCGGAGACCGUGAGAGAAAAGGAAGGCGAGAGGGAGGAGGAGGAACUGGGCUGCUGUCCUGACCAGAGGCAGAAACUGUGGGAUCUGCUGGAGAAACCCAGCUCCUCGGUGCCGGCGAAGAUCCUGGCGAUGAUCUCCAUCCUCUUCAUCGUCAUUUCCACCAUUUCCUUGUCACUCAACACCUUGCCGGAGCUGCAGGUGGUGGACGAAUUUGGCCAGUUUAACGACAACCCCAGCCUGGCCCACGUAGAGGCGGUGUGCAUCGCCUGGUUCACCAUGGAGUACCUGUUGCGCCUGCUGUCGGCGCCCAACAAGUGGAAUUUCCUCAAAGCUCCGCUCAACAUCAUCGAUUUGCUGGCCAUACUGCCUUACUACGUGACUCUGUGCCUCACCGAGUCCAACAAGAACGUCAUGCAGUUCCAGAACGUGCGGCGGGUGGUCCAAAUUUUCCGCAUCAUGAGGAUUCUGAGGAUCCUGAAAUUGGCCAGGCACUCCACGGGGCUGCAGUCUCUGGGCUUCACCUUGCGCAGAAGCUACAACGAAUUGGGCCUGUUGAUUCUCUUCCUGGCCAUGGGCAUCAUGAUCUUCUCCAGCUUGGUCUUCUUUGCCGAGAAAGACGAGGAUUCCACCAAGUUCACCAGCAUCCCCGCCUCCUUCUGGUGGGCGACCAUCACCAUGACCACCGUGGGAUACGGAGACAUCUACCCUCAAACCUUGCUGGGCAAGAUCGUCGGCGGGCUGUGCUGCAUCGCCGGAGUCUUGGUCAUCGCCCUCCCCAUCCCCAUCAUCGUCAACAACUUCUCCGAGUUCUAUCGCGAGCAGAAGAGGCAGGAGAAGGCCAUCAAGAGGAGGGAGGCCCUCGAACGAGCCAAGCGAAGCGGAAGUAUCGUUUCCAUCAGUCCCAAAGGGGCUUUUGCGCGCAACAUGGAACUCACGGACGUGCUGAUCGAAAAGAGGGAGGACGCCAAGUGUCCGGCUGACAACCACUUAUCGCCGAGCCGCUGGAGCUACCACAAGCGCUACUCCAACGCGGAUUUGGGCAGCCCCGGACAGUCCAAAGGCCCGGCCGCCUACCGCGGAGUGGCUCGAGACGGCUCACCUGACUGUCCCCACCCCUUGACUCACAAAGGCGGCCAUCAACCCCUCAGUGCCGAGGCGUCGGAAUGUGCCCAUGACAAGGCCGCACCGGUGAAACUCAUCGAAGAGGAGCGGGAAGUGAACGCAUCGCCCCCCACCCCGAUCCAAGAAACGGCCGAGGACUUUUCGGCAGAAAGCCGAGAAAAAGGUUCGCGGGUUCCCGGUGUCGGAGGCCGACAAAGCGGCACCGCUCGACAGCUGUUCGUGCCCCCUCCCUUGGAUCUGAGUCGCAUCGGCGCCGCGGAGCUAAACCGGAGCGCUGACGACGCCCGGCCGACGGCGCCCGUCCAGUUUGCGUCCAAUCCCACCGCCGACGGCAGCGGGCUGCAAAAGACCACCGACCGCAAGCUCAGCCCCGGACGGCUGCCGUCGCCGUCUGUUGGUCCCGGCGACGCUCCGGGGGAAGGCGAGGGCUCGGCGGCCAAGAGAUUAGGAGAAGGCGACGGGCAGCUCACGGGCUUAAGCCACCAGGGGAAGAAUCACACGGAGAGCUCCGCCGUCGGCGGCUCGGGCGGCCGCUCCGGCCCCCUGGGGAAGGCCAACCUCCUCAACUGUUCCCAGGAGCUGCUAACUCUGCACGGAGGGGCGAGGGAGGCGCCCUCGCAGGGCGGUGACAGACAAGAAAACCACAUACCGCUCGCGAGUCUGUCGCCCUCCCAUGAAACGAGCAUGUGAGCCCCGAUUCCACCCGAGCGCUCGGCAUCCUGAAAGUGAACAAACUCGCGUCCCGUCCCUCAAGACGCGACCACGAAGGAGCAUUGCCUGAUGGAGUUGUAUCUCUGGAUGCGAGGGGCGUCGCUCGCCCAAGACACGAUUUUCUUUCGUUUGACGCCGAGAAUCCCCAAGAUGACCCGCGUGAGCGCAAACACAACCUUGAGUAAAUGGGAAGACAUUUUGUCCAAAACGGUCUCUUUUGCAAUACGGCAAAAUCUAGGCCAGGGGUGGUCCCGAGUCGAUCGCCAGGGCUGUCGGGGGGGGGAAUGGGGGGGUGUCAAAAAAACUAAAACAAAACAGAUUUGUGUGUUUUGCGUGUCCUUCAUAUGAUCUAUUUUUGUGUGAGUGCUCAAUGCACAUCCUAUCAGUUUCACUUUCACCCAAAAAUCUAAUCAAAAUCAAAUUUAAAAAAAAAGCGGGUGGUUAGUUGGUUAGUUGUCCUGUACUUGAAAUGCGGCCCAGAGCAGAGUCAAACAUACGGCUUGAAUCCGCCGUGUGUAUUUUUUGGAUGCUUGUGCGGCAUUCCGUUUUCACUCCCCUUUUCUAUAAUGGCUAAAAAAAAUUUUUUUUAAAGGGACUGAAGGGGGACGGAUGAGGAACGGAAUGUUGUUUUUGCCGUUUGUUCACAUCCCGGCACACAAGAGGACAAUUUGGAGAGGAGCAACAAUUCAUCGUGUAUUGAAUAGCCGCAGUCGCAAGAAGUACCACUACGGAGGGAAUCGUUCAACUCGGCCUGAGUCGCAGGUCAUAAAGAGUCAGAACGAAUCGAGGGGCCUUGACGCCUUCCGUAGACAAGACAUUUGCCCACCACUUACUCACGCAAAAGUAAGUGCACUUGUGCAUGCGCCCAAACAAUUUAGUCUCUAUGAGACCUGUGCAUGCCUUUCAAUCGAAUCGUCUUUAUUGCACAUUCGCCGAGGUUGUCAUUCCGGUUUUGAUCCCCGUCGGGAGGUCAAAGGGGCCCAGAAACCCGGGCGGCAGACGCAGUGCUCUGCCCACAGUUUGCUUCCGGCCACCGCAAACAGGAGACCAGAAUGUCUCUUUUCUCAUCUAUCAUUCUGUCCCACGCCCAAGUACAGAUGCCAGAGUCGAUCCGAGGUGCUAACCGAGGCCACGGCACGUGGCGCAGCACGUGAUGAUUGGAUUACUCUGACUGCGUGUGCGCGCGCGUGAGUUUUUGGGGAUCGUUUUACCGUGAAAGAUGACCGCACAUUUUGAUAUGUUGUGCGUUAAAAUGAAUGCAUGGCUGACAGUGGAUCGAUCAGAUUUAUUUGUCUGGACAAAACGACUUGCAGGGGUGUCAAACUGAUUUUUGUCGCAGUGCGCGCUUUCGCUACCGUCAUCUCGGUGAAACCGGCGUCGAAACGGACAUGUUUGAUUUGCUUUUGCGGGCCGCAUUGAAUGAUGUGGCGGGCCAGAUCCGGCCCCUGGGGCCUCGAGUUUGACACCCGCCACUUUGAGAGAAAAUGGAGUUUAAGCACGGGUACCGACAAAAGAAAACACCAACUGCGUAUGUACACCCAAACUCAAGUUGAGAGCGUGUUCCGUGACAUGAUUUUUUUGUUCUGUCUCAUGAACUGUGUAUUUUUCUUUUGUCUUUUUUUUUCUAUAAGACAAUAGCGCUGCAUUUUCUUGUUGACAUGAGAUCUACUUAAACAUGGGUGCCUUUUCAUAAAUAGACAAUUUAUGAGAAGGUGGAAGAAAAAAAAACACAAACCGUAUCCAAAGAGCAGAGUUCUUUGGUUGUAUUUCCUGUUCAACGGGCACAUCGUGAUGAGAUAGAUGCGAGUCCUCUGGCGCUACUUCACGUCACCUCAUUGUGACUCAACAUGUAACACGGCCUGCAGUUUGAACCUCACCGUGCUGCCAUUUCACACUGAUUUCCUCCGCGUUUGCUGUGUAUGCAAUACACACUGUGCAUAUAUGCCUCCAGGAUUGCUGGAUUCCAUUCGACUUUGGGCGAUCGUGGCAUCAUAAAUCACAAAAUUAACCGAUGACCCCUAACGACUGUACAAAAGAUGCAGCCGUAUUCAGUUGGCUACGUAAGUCCUGCUGCGGUCUCGUUUAGGGCAAGCGUGUACACAAGCGCAUUUGCAACUUGGACUGCUAUCGUCAUCGAAAUAUUGUCAUUGGCGUGAAAACCAAAAAAGCGUCCCCCCCACCCGUUUUUCUGGUUCCCAACAGUUAUUGUUUUUUGUGAGGUUCAUCAUCAUCAUCAUCGAUCUAGUUGAACCGAAUUGUAACAAUUAGCUGCAUUUCUUGAGACUCAACCGAUACUUAGUGAAUAGUGACUUUUCAUUCAUUGACUGAAACAUGCAAAAUAAAUGAAUGUGUCUGGAUGACCUAA